AAAGAGUUGAGAGACGAGCGCACUGCCCUUCACAGCUCGCUUCUCUUUUAGAGUUCAAAAAAAUAAGAAAGCGGGUUUUAGGGUUUUUGAGUUGAGAGAUAAAAAAGAUAGAAAGAGAGAUGGCAAAGCCAAGAUGUUAUUUAGAUAUAAGUAUAGGAGGAGAGCUAGAAGGGAGAAUAGUGGUGGAGUUAUACAAAGAUGUUGUCCCUAAAACUGCGGAGAACUUCAGGGCUUUGUGCACUGGUGAAAAAGGCAUUGGACCCAACACUGGUGUCCCUCUUCAUUACAAGGGGGGUCGUUUUCAUCGUGUUGUCAAAGGUUUUAUGAUACAAGGUGGUGACAUAUCAGCAGGGGAUGGAACUGGAGGAGAAUCUAUAUAUGGAUUGAAAUUUGAGGAUGAAAACUUUGAGUUGAAACAUGAAAGAAAAGGAAUGUUGUCAAUGGCUAAUAUGGGCCCUGACACCAAUGGAUCUCAGUUUUUUAUCACAACCACUCGAACUUCUCAUCUAGAUGGAAAGCAUGUUGUUUUUGGGAAGGUAACCAAAGGAAUGGGAGUGGUUCGUUCUAUUGAGCAUGUUGUGACUGAGGGAGGUGAUUCUCCCUCUCAAGAAACAGUAAUUGUUGAUUGCGGGGAAAUUCCUGAAGGAGAGGACGAUGGGAUAUCUGACUUCUUUAAAGACGGUGAUACUUAUCCUGAUUGGCCAGCAGAUCUAGACAUGAAGCCAGAGGAGAUUUCUUGGUGGAUGAAGGCAGUUGAUUCGAUCAAAGCUUUUGGAAACGAACAGUACAAGAAGCAAGACUGUAAGAUGGCUCUUCGAAAGUAUCGGAAGGCUUUGCGCUACCUGGAUGUUUGUUGGGAGAAGGAAGACAUUGAUGAAGAGAAGAGCUCAUCACUGAGGAAGACAAAGUCUCAGAUAUUUACAAAUAGCUCUGCUUGUAAACUGAAGCUUGGAGAUAUUAAAGGAGCAUUAUUGGACACAGACUUUGCCAUGCGUGAUGGAGAAGACAAUGCAAAAGCUUUUUUCCGCCAAGGCCAGGCAUAUAUGGCACUCAAUGACAUAGACGCCGCAGUUGCAAGCUUCAAGAAGGCUCUAGACUUGGAGCCCAAUGAUGGAGGAAUAAAGAAAGAGCUUGCCAGUGCUAGGAAGAAGAUUGCUGAUAGGCAUGAUCAGGAGAAAAGGGCCUAUGCUAGAAUGUUUCAAUAGUGUGUUCAGCUGGUAACCUGGUUAUUACCUGUUGCUUGGUCCGUUCACUUUUGAUUUCUCACAUGUGAGGUUGUAUAAUCAACGGUCUGCGGGUCUCUGUCUGCGUAAUCAUCAGGUUUUCUUUUGAGGACAUAUGAAGCUGCCAGAUCUCUGGAGAGGGCCUUAUUUUUACCCUUGAGAAGGCAAAUUGGAAAGGCACUGAUUUUGCUCUAAAUGGUUCAGUUUUUUGGUUAGACUUUGUGUACUGGCCGGAGCUUGUCUCUGCUACUUUACAUGCUCAAAUUGAAUCGUCUAGUUUAUACAAUGGAUAUUUUGAUUUCAAAUGCAUGAUUUUUGUUUGUCA